GAGGCCGACCAUCAGCAAGUUCUCCUUUCAGACCCUUGACCACGAUCUUAUCCCAAACUAUGUUUCUUCCGGUGCUGCCGGGCUAUGACUUCAACCGCAACGUAACAAAGGAGAGAUUUCACAAAUCUCAACUUUGGGGAUUUUGCAACAAUGUUAGGAUGUUGGUGAGCGAAGAUAAACCAGGAAUAGGUGGAGAGUUGUUUCCUGGGCAAAGGGGGAAGCCUCCGUAUACUGCAUUUCCUCGAGGAAAUGGUUACUGUGCACCGUCCUGGGCAGCUUUUGAUAAACAGGUAUUAUCUUUUGAUGCCUAUUUAGAAGAUGAAGUACCUGAAAAGGUUCUAGAAAAAUAUAGAAUAAGAAUCUAUAAAAUUUAUUUCUACCUUGAAGAUGACACAAUUGAAGUAAAUGAACCAUUGGUAAAAAACAGUGGACUGCCUCAAGGUAUUUUUAUCCGGCGUCAUCGAAUUGCUCUCCCGGCUCCUGAUGAUGAUAAAUGGUACACUGUGUAUGAUUUCAAUAUCGGCAUAGACGUGGUCUUUUAUGGCCGGACUUUCAAAAUUUAUGACUGUGAUGGAUUCACAAAAAACUUUUUGAGGAAAGUAGGAAUUAAAUUGAAUCCCCCGAGAGAGUGUCCAAGAGAUCCGUAUAUAAAGAUGCGCAGAGAGCAAUUAGAAUGUAUGGAGCCUUUACGACCUUAUGAGCCCCAUGACACCCUGAGAAGUUUCCUUGAGUAUGAUAAGAAGGUUUUGCGUUUCUACUGCCUGUGGGAUGAUACACCUUCAUUCUUUGGGGACCGUAGAAAACUUGUCCUGCAUUACUAUUUGUGUGAUGGUACUAUCGACAUCAAAGAAUUGCAGCCACAAAACUCUGGCCGGUAUCCUACAUCGCGUUUCCUCCGUAGGGGAAAGCUGCCAAAGUAUGGCCCACCUGGAAUAUAUGAGCCUGGCCAAAUAACAGCACAAACAGUUCUCAAUGUGUAUGGAGGCUACUCAGUGACCCGAGAAUAUGGCUUCCUGUUGGAUAAAUAUAAGCCAGAAAAAUUACAUCAAGAAUUUUACAAAGAUACAGACCUAUUAUUAGGAGCCAAAAUUGAUGUGUGGGGAAGGAAAGUGCUUCUUUGUAACUGUGAUGAAUUUACAAAACUUUAUUAUUUGACUAAAUAUGGAAUUGAGUGCACUCCCCCGAUUUCAUGCAAGCCUCCAGAACCUCCAAAAAUAGAAAGGAAAUUUCCACCUUAUAAUGGCUUUGGUUCUGAAGAGGAUUCUCUCCGCUCCUGCAUAGGCCUUGUUCCUACACCCCAUCAGAGGGACUUCAAGAAGUUCAUGGAAAGUGACAGCUAUGGCAAUGUAAGCAAUACAUUACGUUUUUUUGCCAGAAUGUGUUCACGCAAAAAUACCGAGAUAAACAGGAUGUUUGUUAUUUCAUAUUUUCUCGGUGAUGACACACUGUCCGUGUUUGAACCUAUAUUGAAGAAUUCAGGGUACGCUGGUGGGUUGUUCUUGAAAAGAAGUCGAGUUAAGAGGCCUGGGCAAGAAGUCUUUAAAAGUGAACCAUCGGAAUAUAUUCAGCCUGAGGAGUUUUAUAUUGGAACCAAAGUGAAUGUGAAUGGCUACGUGUUUCAUCUGCUCAAUGCUGAUGAGUACACCUUAACCUUCAUGGAGAAACAUCCUGACAGGUUUCCUCUAAGUGAUAUCAAACUUGCCCUACAAAAGCUGAAAGCUGAACAAUCAAAAUCCAGAGAAAUCCAGCAAGUAUUUAUAGCUCUUGAUAGUCUUCACACAAGAAAGGUGGAUUUUAAUACAUUCAGCAAUACAAUAAAAGAUAUAGUUGCUGGGAACAUCACAGACCAAGAAGUUAUAACUAUUGCACGUCACUUCCGGGUGCCCGAAGAAAUUUGUCCAGAAAGAGAAAUGCUGCUUGCAGAGGCCCAUGAACAGCUUAAGAAAUACAAUUUUGAUGCUUUUGACAAACUCAUUGCAGAAUGUAUAUAUGAAGAUAGAGCAAAAAAAAAUACACUACCCACCAACGAUAUAAGAAGACUCUGCAAGUCCCACAGAGUACCUUUCUCCAGUGAUCUUCUACUGUCCUUAUCAACCAACUUUGAGAACAGUGAAAAUCAAAUAGAUUACAGGACAUUUUUUGAUGCUCUGAACUGGAGGCAAAAUCCGAAAUACCGAGUGGAAGGUCCACAAUUUUAUGAGAAACAGGUAUGUGAAGAUGAGUGGACUGGGAAGCCUUCACCUAUACCUGUGAAAUACGUUAACUAUAUGGCCCUUUUGAGGGAUGUGUAUGGCAUUAGAGAGGAGGAUGUGGUGUAACCAUGUUAGUUUGAGUCGACAUCUUUUGAUUUCCUGCUCUAAUAUUGCCAAGUUUAGAAAUGUAGUUUUUUUAACAACAGAAAAAAAACAUGGUUUAUACUGAAUAGAAAUCCAUAAGCCACAAUUAAUCUUCUGUCAUUUUUGAUUUUCAGAACAUCGUAUCAUUGAUUAUAUACCAGUACUAUUAAAAAUGCCAUUUAACAAAAUGUCAAGCCUUUUUAUUGUCUGUAUGAUUUAUUAAUAUCAAGUAAUCUUAUGGCAAUUUUCUAUCCAGAAUAAUUUUAUUCAUUACAACCCAAAAAGAAAGUGACUUCUGACAGCUAUACAUGAUAAUGUAAAAUCAAAUUAUGACAGAAC